AGCGAAUUGUGUUGUCUUAAGAUGACCUUUUUACUAUCUCCUAUAUGAAAUAUACAAACAAAAACUAUUGUAACCAUCAAAAAAUUCGAAUUCCAGAUUUGACGAAUCUCUGUGUUACCAAACCUUCUCGAGUCCGAUUAAGUGAUAGUGAAGACGAUAUGAGCGAUGAUCAAGCUAGUAGACCGUCGGUAUCUUUGGAACUCGAAUCACGUGACACAACCGUUGACCAACCGAGUACUGAAGACCGUCUGAGCGAUGAUGGCACAGCAGGCCCAUCCUCUGAAGGAAAAGUGGAUUCUGACAUGAACAAAGAGGUUAAACCUCUCCUCAAACGAGAUUCUUCACCCGAAUGGGUGGCCGAAGAAAUCUUUCUCAAGACGAAACCUUCCGUCGUUCAAUUCACCAAAGGAGCGUACGCACAGACUGUCAUUGAAGAAGAAAUGUCUGUUGCCAGGGAAUCACGAUUUCCUGCACAGAAGCAGAAAUAUUUCGUAGAAGACUUUAUCUGGCAGAGUGUUUCCGGUCAUCCGUACAUUUUACCUCUUUAUACGACAUUUUUUAACUCAAAAAAAUUCAGAUAUAAUUUUAUAUCUCACUACCUACCAAUGGUAAACCUACGGAAAUUCAUCAAAAUUCACAAGGUUUUACAGACCAAAGUAUGCAGAGUGCUAACUUCCCAGAUCGUGUCUGCAAUCUGCUUCAUACAUAAUAAAGGCCUCUACUAA